AUGCCGUCAAUUCCUAGGCAAUCGAAUCCAUCGGCAACACCCACGCGACCCGCUCCUGCUACUCUCUCCCCGUUACCUCAAUCCCGAGAAGCCGGAUCCCCGGUCGCCGCGUCGAUUCCCGAUCCGCUGACGUCACGCGCGAUCCGGCUGGUGUACAAGGAUGACCAAGGGGUGUUCCGAAUGGAUCCCGAAGCCGUCAGCGCGCUGCGGCGACUGCGAGGACCCCUCGGGGUUGUCGCGCUGCUGGGACGCAGCAGUGGGUUCACAGUGGGCCCCACGCACCGGCCGUGCACCAAGGGGCUGUGGAUCUGGAGCUCGCCAGUUAAAGUCACAGCUCCGGACGGAUCGUCGUACCACCUGCUGCUGCUGGACUCAGAGGGCAUUGACGCCUACGAUCAGACGGGCACGUACAGCACGCAGAUCUUCUCGCUGGCGGUGCUGUUGUCGUCCCUGUUCGUGUACAACCAGAUGGGCGGCAUCGAUGAGUCGUCGCUGGACCGCCUGUCCAUGGUCACUGAGAUGGCCAAGCACAUCCAAGUGCGCGCCAACUCCGCCUCUUCUGCUGCACAAGGAGGAGGAGGAGCAGGAGGAGCAGCGGGAGCAGCGGGGUCGUCUUCUACGACGCAGGAGCUGGGGCUGUUCUCUCCGGUGUUCUUCUGGCUGCUGAGAGUAAGUUUCUGUGGUCACAGUAAGGACUUUUACUUUGACCUCACGGAGGAUGGCCGGGUGAUAACCCCGCGGGACUAUCUCGAGACGGCGUUGCAGUCCAUGGCGGAGGGCUCUGAGUCCGCACGGGCCAAGAACCAGACGGCGUUGCAGUCCAUGGCGGAGGGCUCUGAGUCCGCACGCGCCAAGAACCAGAUCCGCGAGUCCAUCCGCUCACUCUUCCCCGACCGUGAUUGCUUCGCUCUCGUUCGCCCCAUCAGCAACGAACGCUUGCUGCAGAAGCUCGACCACCUGCCCGUGAGUACUGUGAGGUUUGACAUGCUGUGCCUUGCUGUGUGUGUGGCGUCCUUUCCUCUUGUGUUGCUUUGUCUAUACCUCCUAGUACCAUUAUGUGCUCUCGUGCGCCCCAUCAGCAACGAGCGCCUACUGCAGAAGCUCGACCACCUGCCCAUGGACCAGCUGCGUCCAGAGUUCAAGCAGGGUUUAGACGCCUUCACCCAGGCCGUGUUUGCGCGCGCUGUCUCCUCACUUUAUCUCCUUAACCCUCACUCCUUCCCCUCCCACCUCUCCCCGCGUGCAGAUGGACCAGCUCCGUCCAGAGUUCAAGCAGGGGUUAGAAGCCUUCACCCAGGCCGUGUUUUGCGCGCGCUGUCUCCUCACUUUAUCUCCUUAACCCUCACUCCUUCCCCUCCCACCUCUCCCCGCGUGCAGAUGGACCAGCUCCGUCCAGAGUUCAAGCAGGGGUUAGACGCCUUCACCCAGGCCAUGGACCAGCUCCGUCCAGAGUUCAAGCAGGGGUUAGAUGCCUUCACCCAGGCCGUGUUUGCGCGCGCUCGCCCCAAGAGGGUGGGCGGCACAGUCAUGACGGGGCCAAUGCUGGCUGGGCUCACUCAGACGUAUAUCCAGGCACUCAAUAACGGGGCUGUGCCCACCAUUCUCAACUCCUGGCUGAGUGUGGAGGAAACAGAGUGUCGCAGGGCGUUUGAGGUGGCACUGGAGGCAUAUAGCAGAGCAUUUGGCAGCCCCGCUUCUGCUGAUGAGUCAUUCCAAUAUGAAAUGAGCCGGUUGAUGUGCUCCACUGCUGAUGCUGUUGCUAACUUGCUCGGUUUCUCACUCUCCUCUUACUCCCUCCUCUCACUCCCUCCUCUCACUCCCUCCUCUCACUCCCUCCUCUCACUCCCUCCCUCACUCCCUCCCCAGGAGGACGACCUGAGGGCUCACCACAGGGCAGCACUGCAAGCAGCAGAGGCGGCUUUCAGGGAGGAGGCGGUGGGGGAGGGGCAGGCCCGACACAAGUACGAGGAGAAGCUCAGGGAGGAGGCUGGGAAGAGGUUCGAGGAUGUGCUAAAGCGAGUGGCAGCAGAGGCGGAGGACAUGUUGAAGCGUGUUGCAGCAGAGGCGAAAGAUGUGCUAAAGCGGGUGGCAGCAGAGGCAGAAGUGAGGUGCAAGCGGUAUCUCGAUGCACUAGAGGCCAAGGUCAAGGGGCUCGCCAGGGGGCCUCCGCGGGCGGCGACUGCUGAUGUGGUGCACGCGCUGAUUGCUGAGCUGGCGGCGUACGAGUCGUCCAUGUCGGGCGCUGCCAAGUGGCGCUGCUUGUCAGCGUUCCUCGUUGCCAGUAUGCGCGGGCUUGUUUUGGAUUCGGCUGAAAAGGAGGUCGCCGAAGCAAGGCAGCAAGCCUCGUCUGCACUCAAGGACAAGCAGGCCGCCGAGGCUCGGGCCUCCGCCGAGGCUGCGGCCGCGGCUCGGGAGGCCGCCGCAGCUGAGGACUGGAAGAAACGGGUGGCGACAGUGGAAGGACAGCUGGCAGCCGCUAAUAGGGCGGUUGGAGAAGGGAGGGAGGAGAGGGAGAGGAUGAGGAAGGAGAUGGAGGAGGGGAGGAGGAGGGCGGAUGAGCGAGAGAGGGAGUGUGCAGAGUUGAGAAAGGAGGUGGAGAGAGUGAGGGAGGGAGGGGAGAAGGAGGUGAAGAGAGUGAGUGGGGAGGUUGAGAAAGUGAAGGGGCAGCUUGAGGAGGCGAAGAGGAGGGUGGGAGAGGAGCAAGGGGAGAAGGUGAAGUGGAGGGGUAUGUAUGAGAAGGAGGUGGGGGAGGGGAAGAGGGAGGUGGAGAAGGUGGUUGGGGAGAGGGAGGGGCUAAGAGGGGAGGUGGAGAGGGAGAAGCAGCGGAGGCAGGCUGAAGUGGCGGCGAUUCAGAAGGAGAAGGGCGCAUUGGAGCAGCAGCUGCGAAAAGAGGCGUCGAAAGCAGCGGCGGAGGCGAGCGAGCUGAAAGUGAAGCUGGAGUCGCAAGCAGCACGGCUGGCAGCAAUGGAAAAGGCUCUGGUGGAGGCAAAGGCGAGAGAGAGGCAGGCUGAGGAGAGCAUGAGGGAGGCGAGCAGGACGGCUGGCAGCGCGAGCAAGAGCGUGCAGGCUGCUCGGGAGGCCAAGGCCACAGCAGAAGAAGCGACAGAGAAGAUGGAGCGCCAGCUGCGUCAGGCUGAGUCAGCACGGACCGCUGCUGAGCUGGCAACCCGGCGCGAGGCUGAGCUGGCACGCCAGGCUUGCAUUCGUGCUGACUCAGCAGCAAAAGAUCUCCAGAUGGCAAUGGAGGAGGCCCAGGUGGCACAGUCAGCAGCUGAGGUGGCAGGAAAGAGGGCGGAGGUUGCCGAAAGGAGAGCGAGGGAGCUUGAGAGGGAACUAGAGGGUUUGAGAUUGAGGGCAGCAGAAGGGGAGGAGGAGGGGAAGGGGAAGGUGGAAGGUAUGGUGAGGGAAAUUGAGGAGUUGAAGGGAGAGGUGGGAAGGAGGAAGGAGGAGGUUGGGGAAACGAUGGCAAUGCUGGCUGUGUGUGAGGUGGAGAGGGAGGGGUGGAGGAGGAAGGAGGGAGAAGCGAGGACUGAGAUGGAGCGGCUGAAAGGGGAGUUAGAGCGGUUGAGACAGGUGGUGGAGGGGAUGGGGGUGGAGAUGGGGGUGGUGAGGAGCGAGAGGGAGGAGAUGAAGGGGGUGGUGAGAGUGAGAGAGGAGGAGAUUUCGCGGCUAAGGGGGAUGCUGGAAGGCGAGGGAGCGGAGGAGAUGGAGGUGGAGGAGGGAGAGGAGGCGGGGAGGAAGAGGAAGAGGGCGAGACUGGGCACGGGUGUUGCUGGUGAAGGCGGGAUUGCAGGGGAGGGCGGUGCUGCUGGGGAAGGUGGGACUGGUGGAGAAGAAGGUGCGGCUGAGGCAGGGUUAACUGUUGCAGGUGGUACUGCUGGGGGUGGUGCAGGGGCAGGCGUGGAAGGGGCGGGUGAUAGUGCUGUGACAGGCGAUGCUGCAGGGACAGCAGCAGCAGGGGGAGAACGAGGCAAGCGGAGAGGCAGGGGGGCGAGCAAGAGGGCACCUGCUGCUCCUUCCGCUGGCGCUACUGCCGCUGGUGUUGCUGGUGCGUCAGGAGCAGCAGCGCCACCAGUCGGGGCAGCAGCAGCAGCAGGAGGAGGAGGAGUUGUGGUAGCACCGUCACCCGCAGCGUCAGGCAAUACAGGGUUUGAGUCAGCCCAGGCAACAGGGCAGGGCAGUGAAAUGGAUAUGGAUUCAGCCUCGUUCGGAGGGGCGUUUGGUGCUGGGGAGGGAAAGGAACGAGCUGAGGGGGACGAGGCGGAGAGUAGCAAAGGGGGGAGGGGGAGAGGGAGGGGCAGGAGGGGUGGAGGAGGGAGGAGGGGGAGAGGGAGGCCGGCGGCUGGGGUGGGUGCGGUGACGGCUGCUGAUGUGGCGGGGGAGUCUGAUGUGGCGAAGAGGCGGAGGGAGAUUGCGAUGAAGAUGACAAAGAGUGAGUUGAAGGACAGGUUGACGGACGAGGGGAGGGGGUUGGAUGUGCUUGAAAUGAGGACGCCCACAAAGGGGCAGCUGGUAGACUUGUUCGUGAAGUUUGUGCAUGAGUAA